AUGUCUGCUCAUGGUAAAUCCGUGAAAACCACUGAGGAAGUAGCUCUUCAGCUCCUCUUGUUUUGCCAGUUUGGGGUUGGGACUGUGGCCAAUGUCUUUCUGUUUGUCCAUAAUUUCUCUCCAGUCUUGACUGGUUCUAAACAGAGGCCCAGACAGGUGAUUUUAAGCCACAUGGCUGUGGCCAAUGCCUUGACUCUAUUCCUCACUAUAUUUCCAAACAACAUGAUGGCUUUUGCUCCCAAAACUCCUCCAACUGAACUCAAAUGUAAAUUAGAAUCCUUCAGUCACCUGGUGGCAAGAAGCACAAACUUGUGUUCCACCUGUGUCCUGGGUGUCCAUCAGUUUGUCACUCUGGUUCCUCUUAAUAGAGGGAAAGGUAAACUUGUACUUAGAGCAAGUGUCACAAACAUGGCAAGUUAUUCUUCUUACAGUUGUUGGUUUUUCAGUGUCUUAAGUAACAUUCACAUUCCAAUUAAGGUCAGUGGUCCACAGAUAACAGACAAUAACACUGACUCAAACAGAAAGUUGUUCUGUUCCACUUCUGGAUUCAGUGUAGGCAUUGUCCUCUUGCAGUUUGCCUAUGAUGCCACAUUCAUGAGCAUCAUGGUCUGGACCAGUGUCUCCAUGGUACUUCUCCUCCAUAGACAUCGCCAGCGAAUGCAGCACAUCCUCACUCCCAAUCAGGACGCCAGAGGCCAAGCUGAGACCAGAGCAACCUGUACUAUCUUGAUGCUGGUAGUCACAUUUGUUAGCUUUUAUCUUCUAAAUUUUAUUUGUAUCAUGUUACAUGCCCUUUUUAUGCAUUCUCAUUUCUUCAUAAGGCUUGUCAGUGAGAUUUUAACUGCAGUCUUCCCCAGUAUCUCUCCUUUACUGUUGAUCUUCAGAGAUCCCAAGGAUCCUUGUUCUGUGCUCUUCAACUGUUGA